AUGGACACAGACACAGGCAUGCACCAAAACCAACACAACAACCAACACAACAACCAACAGUUCAAAACACUGCACCACAACCAACAGUUCAAAACACUGCACCACAACCAACAGUUCAAAACACUGCACCACAACAACCACAAACAGAGCAAGGACAUAAAAGAAGUAGAGAACAAGGAAACCAAGAAUUCUUAA